GAACCCCCCACCUACCGAUGACAAGCAUCUGUUAAGUUUUCAAGUAUAGAGAGGUAUUAUUGAUGGAGAAUAACCCCGGUUUAUCAAAAACUGAUAGAAAAACCAUUGAGAGAAAUAGAAGAAAUCAAAUGAAAGCCCUUUUCGCAGAGCUCAAUUCUCUUGUACCUCAUGAAACGCCUAUGGAAGCCGCGUCACUGCCUGAUAAGCUCGAUGAAGCAGCAAACUACAUAAAAAGGUUACAGACGAACUUGGAAAAAUUGAAAGAAAGGAAAGACAGCUUAAUGGGAAUCGAAAAGCGUCCUAGUAAUAGCACAGGCUCGAGCAGUGGCAAAACAACAAUGGAGGGAUUUAGAUCACCGCAAAUUGAAAUUCGCGAAAUUGCUUCUGCUUUGGAGGUUGUUUUAAUAACUGGGUUGGAUUUUCACUUCAUGUUCAAUGAAACCAUUCGUUUGCUUCAUGAAGAAGGAGCUGAAAUUGUCACUGCUAGCUUCUCCGUUGUUCAUGACACUGUCUUCCACACCAUACAUUUAGAGGUUGGAGAUUCUGAUCAAGUGGGUAAUGGAGCUGCUAGAAUAUCUCAAAGACUGAAGAAGUUUGUCCACGAUUCUGGUGCAUUUUGAAGUAUAAUUAUGGUGAAUUCUCUAUAUUAAGACCCUAAUUACAUCAAUGGUUAAACUAGUACAAAUGUCUCAGACAACUGGAGAUCUUUUGUUUUAAUUCUAAGCAUUUUGGGUUAAUUUUGUA